AUGGGUGAUAAUAUAGUUCGUAAAGCUAUUGAACAAUUGAAAAACGAUGCUACUUUUAAUGAAACGAAGAACGAAGAGUUCUACUAUUUAUUAGAGGAUGAAACGGAAUUCAAUCGUAAGUAUGGCAAUUGUAGGUCAUUAAAAAAUGACAAAGCCAUUAUUAUUUGUGAUGUUGUUCAAAACACAAUAAAUGAGUGGGAUGAAUUUUUAGGAAGUUUUGAUUUAGAUAAGAAAAAGUGUUGUUAUUAUUUGAUAUAUUGGUUAUAUGGUAAAAUAAGUGAAAAUAAUUUUUCUAAUGAAACAAUUAAUUUGAUUUACUAUGAAUUUGAGAGAAUUUUAACGAAAAAAUGUUUUAAGGAUGAGGAUAAAGUAGAACUAUAUAAAAAAUUUGUAAAAUCGUAUGACGUGGAUGUAUUAAAGAAUAAAAAAGUGUUAUAUGAUUUUUUAGAACAUUUUAGUGAAUUAAAACGUUUAUUAGAAAAUAGUCUAAAUGAUGUGCAUAAAAAAAUAUUUUGUGACUAUAUAACAUAUGUCAUUAAUAUAUACCAAAAGAUUGAAUUGAACAAUGAUAGGGUAGAGUACUGUCCUGAAUUAAUUAAAUUCGAAGAAAAUUUUAAGAAUACAAAUGAGUUAGAUGUCAUAAGAAAUAAGUGCAGUGGUUCUAUAAAUUUAAAGAUUAAUGGAAAAAAUAAAGAAUUUUGUUUAGCAUUAGAUGGAAACCCCCAAGAAAGAGCAGCAGUUCAACGCAAGAAUGAGAAAAUUUUUAAUAAAAAAAAAUUCUUUGAUAAUAACUUAAAGGAUGUUCCUUAUAAUCAAAUGUACGAUGAAUUCAAUAAGGAAGAAGAUAAUGAAAAAUAUAAAGAAUAUUGCAAUGAUAUAAUUAAUUUGGAAUCAUAUUACAAUGGAAUUAAUAAUCUUUGUAAUAAACUCACGAGGAACUUAAUAAAUGUUUCUAACUUAGAAGAUGAAGCAAAACGCAACGAUGCAUGUUCAUAUUUUAUUCAUUGGUUAUAUGAUCAAUUAAUGAACCUAGAUUAUGUUAAAUCAGAUUAUAGACACAGCAACCCUGCAAUUAGAGGAAUUUAUGAUGUAGUUAUUAAAAUUAACAUGAGAGAAUUUAUGUAUACAGGGUGUUACGUCCACUUUGAUUAUACAUUAGAACAAUGGAAAGAUUGGAAAAUUUUGCAUGAUUAUUUCAAGAAUUGUGACUGUAUUAUUGUGGAGAAUACUGAUUUAAGUAAGGAAAAAUGCGAAAUAAAAUGUGAAGAUUUAUAUACAAUUAAUGAACUCUAUGGAAAAUACAUAAAACAGAGUUGCACAUUUUUUAGUAAUGAACAAUAUUUUGCUGAACACCCAGAAUUUUUUGAAUGCAAUCAAAAAUGUAAUCCAUACAACCUUUACAUACGCUUAAAGUGCAAUGAUAAAGAACCUAAUAAGAUAUUUAACAAAGUAAAUCCACCUGAAUCAAUUGAAUACUAUUCUAAAUAUUUGACAGAAAAAUCUGAGAAAGAACGCUUAUUAGAUGAAAAAAUUCCAAAUUCGUUUAUCACUUCAAUGGUAGGAGAUGACAUAUCAUAUCAUAAUCCUUUCUACACAAUUGUAUUGGCUACUUUUAGCUUAUUGGGGAUAUUUACACUUUUUUUCCUUUUUUACAAAUUCACUCCAUUUGGCACCUGGAUACAUAGAAAUAAUAGGAGUAAUAAAAAAUAUCAUUAUAAUCAUUACAAUAAAUUUAAAGGGGAAGUGUUAGAUAAAAAUUCACGACCAAAAUAUGUAAGCACUCGAAGGGGUAGAGUAAGCAUAGCCUACCAAAAUAGUUGA